AUGACUUCCAUUCUUGAACAAGCUUCGACCAACAACGCUUCUCCUAAGUCUAUCAUCAACAAGCAACGCCAAGGAGAGCACGAGUGUCCACCAGCUAAGCGAUCCAAGGCUAGCGACGACGACGAACCUGUGAAAAACGGAAACGGAACGUCGGCCGAGGCACUGAAACAACAAACAUUGUCUGGAGCAACGAAAUCGGGAUCUGUCAGCGUGGGCUCUACGACAAGUGGAGGACAAGAAAGUGAAAAAAUGGAUACAACCAACAAUGCAGGUGGAGCCAGUGGAAACUCGGACGAGCUUCUUGAUAAAAACCUCUAUUCUCGGCAAAUUUACACUCUUGGAGAGUCGGCUAUGGUCAAUCUUCGCACCGCAUCUGUGCUCAUUUCUGGACUCGGCUCUGUUGGUGUGGAGAUCGCUAAGAAUCUCAUUCUUGGAGGAGUGCGACAUGUCACCAUUCAUGAUACCAAAUUGGCCAAAUGGUCUGAUCUCUCCGCUCAAUAUUACCUUCGGGAGGCUGAUAUCGGAAACAACCGUGCAUCAUCAUGCUUCGAACGGCUUGCCGAGCUCAACGACAGCGUCAACGUUGAACUUUCCACCAGUGAUCUCACAGAAGAAUUUGUAAAGAACUUCGAUCUCGUCGUUCUCACUGAUGCAAACCGAUCUACACAGCGUCUGGUUUCUUCCUGGACCAGAUCUCACAAUCGUCGAAUUUUGAUUGCCGAUGCUCGUGGUGUGUUCUCGUACAUUUUCAACGAUUUCGGAAAUAACUUUCGUAUUGAUGAUGCCACUGGAGAACAAGUUCGCGAGUUUUUCAUCGAGCACAUUGAUCGAAUCACUGGUGAAGUCACAACUUUGGAGAACUUGUUCCAUGGAUUAGAGGACGGAGAUCAUGUGACAUUCUCUGAAGUGAAAGGCCUUGACGGUAUCAACGGAUGUGAGCCAAUCAAAAUUACUGUCAAGAAUGCAUCGAAGUUCAACAUUGGUGAUGCCGCAGCUUCAUUCCCAGAUUAUCUAGAAGGAGGAAGAUGUCGUCAAGUAAAGGUUCCCAUCACGGUUAAUCACGUGCCAUUCGAAAAAUCGCUGGAAGAACCCGAAUUUGGAAUAUGGGACUACGCAAAGUUCGAGUAUCCAGCUCAGCUUCAUGCACUUUGGACUGCUCUCUAUGCAUUUGAAGAAAAACAUGGACGAUCUCCUGUUCCGCGUUCAUUGGAAGAUGUUGAAUUGCUAAAAACUUUCAUCCCAUCCGGAACUGAAGAAAUUCCUGAGCAGUUGAUUCAAAUGUUCUCAUUUUCUGCUGCUGGAAACCUCGUGACCGUCUCCUCUGUGGUUGGAGGAAUAGCCGCUCAGGAAGCUAUGAAAGGAGUCACUCAUCAUAUGACGCCUUUGAAACAAUGGUUGCAUUUGGACCACGUCGAGGCUUUACCGGGAGACUGGACUGCUUUCGAUAAUUCUAAACUUUCGGAAUCGGACUGUCGACCAAGACAAUCUCGUUACGAUGGACAAGCCGCUGUAUUCGGUUGGCCUUUCCAAGAGUGCCUGUUCCGCCAGCGUUGGUUUGUUGUCGGAGCCGGAGCUAUCGGAUGUGAAUUACUCAAGAACUUGGCAAUGAUGGGAGUAGCUUGUGGUGAAGAUGGUCUCAUUAAAAUCACGGAUAUGGAUCAGAUCGAAAUUUCAAAUCUGAACAGACAGUUUCUUUUCAGGCGUAAAGAUGUUGGGGGCAAGAAAUCUGAGUGUGCCGCUAAGGCUGUUACUGCAUUCAACUCGGAUGUUCGUAUUGAAGCUCUCGCUGACCGCGUUGGACUUGAAACUGAACAUAUCUUCAACGAUGAGUUCUUUGGACAACUAAAUGGAGUGGCCAAUGCACUUGAUAAUGUGGAUGCUAGAAGAUACAUGGAUCGUCGCUGUGUAUACUACCGCUUGCCACUUCUUGAGUCUGGAACCAUGGGUACAAAGGGAAACACUCAAGUUGUUUACCCAUAUCUCACUGAGUCUUACUCUUCAUCAGUUGAUCCACCAGAGAAAGAAAUUCCAGUUUGCACUUUGAAGAACUUCCCGAAUGAAAUUCAACAUACAAUCCAAUGGGCAAGAGAACAGUUCGAAACUUUCUUUGCUUCACCUGGAGAGAUGGCAAACAAGUACCUUUCGGAUGAGCGUGCAUUCAAUGAAAAUAUUGAAAAGCUCAUCUCAGGACAACAAAUUGAUAUUCUUCAAAAAGUCAAAGAUGCACUAAUUGAUGCCCGCCCAUCAUCAGCUGAAGAUUGCAUUCACUGGGCGCGUCAACAGUUCCAAGAGCUCUAUCACAAUGCCAUUGCACAAAUGCUUCAUUCGUUCCCACCAGAUCAGCUGACUGAUUCCGGAGCGAAAUUCUGGUCGGGUGCUAAGCGAUGCCCACAUGUUCUAAACUUCGACCCAUCCAAAGAAGAGCACUUCAAUUUCGUCUACGCAGCUUCUAUUCUCAAGGCUGAAAUGUACGGAGUUCAACCAAUUCUUGAUCGCGAAGAGGUUAUUCGCAUUGCUUUGUCAAUCAACCCAGAGCCUUUCGAGCCACGUUCCGGCAUCAAGAUUGCUGUAACUGAGGCAGAGGCAAAAGAACAAAACGAACGAGGUGCUUCGAGUCUUGCUACGGACGACGACGCUGCUAUUGAAACUUUGAAGUUGAAGCUGGCAACGUUGAAUGUGGGAACUACGAGGAAGUUGAAUUGCAUUGAUUUUGAAAAAGAUGAUGACUCUAAUCACCACAUGGAAUUCAUCGCGGCAGCUUCGAAUCUUCGUGCUGAAAACUAUGAUAUUUUGCCAGCCGAUCGAAUGAAGACCAAACAAAUCGCUGGAAAAAUUAUCCCUGCCAUCGCUACCACCACUGCCGCUGUAGCGGGUCUCGUCUGCGUUGAGCUUUACAAGGUAAUCGAUGCUAACGGAGUUCCAAAAACACCAAUUGAACGGUUCAAGAAUACUUUCCUCAAUCUUUCAAUGCCAUUCUUCUCGUCUGCUGAGCCGAUAGCUGCGCCAAAAAAGACGUACAUGGACAAAGAGUUUACGCUCUGGGACAGAAUUGAUGUUCAAGGACCUCUCACUCUGCAAGAGUUCAUUGAUGAGGUUCAAAAGCAAACUGGUUGCGAGAUGUCCAUGUUGUCUGCGGGAGCGUGUCUUCUUUUCUCCUUCUUCAUGAAUGGCGCUAAAAAACAAGAGAGACUCAAAACUGAAGUCAAAGCUGUCUAUGAGGAAUUACUCAAGAAACCACUCCACGAAUCAGUUCGCGCAAUUGUCCUCGAGCCAAUGAUGACGGAUCCAAAUGAUGAGGACGUUGAAGUUCCAUACAUCCGAUAUGCUUUCUAA